AUGCUCGGCCAGGCUUCAGCACCUUCAGGCGCUAUAGAUUCCGUUCCUGAAUUCAUCAUAAACAAGGCACAAAGUGUAUCGCCAACAGAUACCGAUUCUCAUAAUGCCAUCGACCAACAUCAACACAUCCAAACGUGGUCUUCACCACAUCAAACCCCAUUCAAGGCUGUAGGACAUCGCGAUGAUAAACUUCUAGAUCAUGGGAAUGACGUCGAUCUAGACGAAUGGAGAUUGUAUCUAAGUAAUGUCGUAAAACCAACAAUUGCUGAACAGGAGACCUUCACUCCACUACCAGAGACCAAGAAGAAGACUAGACGAUUCACUGCUGAUGAAGAUGAGAUAUUGGAGAAGGGGGUUAGUCAGCGGGGUGGAAAUGAUGUUGAUUGGGAAGAGAUUUCAUCGUUGCUGGUUGAUAGAACAUCAGGUCAAUGUAGAGCUCGAUAUUCCCGCAUAAAGGCAAAGAGGAAGCAGGAAGUCACGUCAGCAGGAUCACCUAGCACUGCACUUCUAGCUACAGCAGUUGCAUCUGUCGCUUCAGCUUCCCAACCACUCCAUAAACGCACACACAAGCGAACCCAUUCAGAUGCUUCAGCCGUUUCGAACGACAACGAACAAGAGUCUGCCGAAAACACGCCAAGAAAACAACGUCGCGGAGGAACGCCUCCGUUAACAGAGUCAAAUGAACCACCGAGUCGAGAUGGUGUCGCUCCUAGUAAAAAAAUAUUUGACUACUUCCUACGACCUGCCGGUUUCUUGUCUCAUUCGACAAGGAGUCCUGCAUUAACGGAACAUCCCGUUGAUGAUAAUGGUGGUAUAGCAGCAGAUGAUCGAGUAAUACGUAAUGAUCAAAUUUGGGAAUCUAAAUUGAAUGACUUGAGGAAACGAGUCUCGGAACUCGAAUCUGACAAGGACAAGAUUGAACGUGAACGUGAUCAAUGUAGGCUGCAGAUUGAGCAUCUUGAGGCCGAAUGUGCCAAAAGAGCUGCUGAUUCUGAAACGACAAAAAGAGAAUGUCGAAAGAUGCUCGAUGAUAUGGAACUUUCGAAUCGAUAUCAAUGGGGGCAGGCCCGAGCAAAGAUGUCAUCGCUUCUCAAAGAGAAGGCUGACAAGAUGGCUGCAGAGAAACGGGCCUCGAUGGACGUAGAAUCUAGAAGGCUCGCACGUCUAGUUAUUGAACGAGCCGGCAUCGAAUACGUUGAGAGGUGGCAAGAAGGCCAUGCUUUCCAAGCUAUUCACGUUAGACUCGCUCAGAUACAAAGGGAGAAGAAUGAUAUAGAUCAGCAACGAAAACUCCUUACCAAACGCAAAACUGCAAGACCAGUAGAAGGUGGAGACUCUGCAGUCAAAGUAGAACCAAUAUCAUCUGCUCAAUUCGCUGAACUCGAUGAAAUCUUUAAGCUACGUAAAGAUGCUCUUAAAAGGGAAGACACUGACUUACAGAAAGAAUUUGAAAAAUUGAGGCUGCAACGAGACUUGCAUCAACGAGAGGUGCAUCGUGUGAUCUUGGAAGAUCAGUCACCACUUAAUUCUCAUCCAGUCCUCAAUGAGCGCUAUGCUCUGCUUGAAUUGCUUGGGAGUGGCGGAUUUUCUGAAGUUUGGAAGGGCUAUGAUCUUGUUGAGCUUCGAGAAGUGGCGUGCAAAAUUCAUUCACUACACUCUUCAUGGUCUGAAGAAAGAAAACGAAAUUAUACCAAGCAUGCUCUGCGAGAGUAUCGUAUACACAAGAGUCUAGUGCAUCCAAGAGUCGUGAGGCUGUUUGACGUAUUUGAAAUCGACCAUUCAAGCUUUUGCACCGUGCUCGAGCUAUGUGAAGGCGGUGACCUCGACACCUACUUGUUGUCAUACAAGAGUAUUUCAGAAAGGCUUGCAAAGAGCAUUAUAAUACAAGUCAUGAGUGCUUUAAAGUACUUUUCGGAAUUGACGCCGCCAAUCAGAAACAUACUUCUAAAUCCACAAAUGGAGAUUAAGAUAACGGAUUUCGGCCUCUCCAAAAUUAUCGAAAAUGAUGCGCCAAGUGUCGCACAACCUCCAGGAGGUGCACGAGAAAUUGCUCUCACGUCGGCAAAUACUGGAACCUUUUACUACCUUCCUCCAGAGUGUUUCUGGAGGAAGGGUGAAGUCAAGAUCUCGUCAAAGGUCGAUGUUUGGAGUAUUGGCGUGAUAUUCUUCGAACUGCUCUAUGGUAGAAAGCCAUUUGGUGAGAACCAAUCUCAGCAAACCAUUUUACGUGAGAAUACUAUACUUCAUGAGGGACGUACUGUCGAGUUCCCAUCGACUCCUCAAGUGUCGUCUGAAACAAAAGCAUUUAUAAAACGGUGUUUAGAAUAUUCGCAGGAGCAGAGACCUGAUGUAGCUACGUUAUCUCAAGAUCCGUACUUGACGUUUGGCGCGGCUGCUAAACCGGUGUCGUCUAAGGCGGAUGAAACAUUGCAAUUAUAG